CGUUUGAUGACGCAUUCAUAUUCCAUUCGGUGAUCACAAUGGCGGCGGCCUGGUAGCUGCAGAGAUACCUGUGUUCGGCUGGAUUCAGGGGCAUCGCCGUACGCUGUGCAGUCGCUGACAGAGAAAUAACUUCCCCGUUCGCGUAAUGACGAACAGGACGGCUUAUUUUUACGACCCGGAUGUCGGGAACUUUCAUUAUGGUGCUGGGCAUCCCAUGAAACCUCACCGCCUGUCACUCACGCACAGCCUCGUUCUGCAUUAUGGCCUUUAUAAGAAGAUGAUGGUGUUUAAACCAUACAAGGCCUCCCAGCACGACAUGUGUCGCUUCCACUCGGAGGAUUAUAUCGACUUCCUGCAGAAGGUCAGCCCCAACAACAUGCAGGGCUUCACCAAAAGCCUCAACACCUUCAACGUGGGAGAUGACUGCCCGGUGUUUCCGGGCCUGUUUGAGUUCUGUUCCAGGUACACAGGGGCGUCACUUCAGGGAGCAACGCAACUGAACCACAAGAUAUGUGACAUCGCCAUCAACUGGGCUGGAGGACUGCACCACGCCAAAAAAUUUGAGGCCUCGGGAUUUUGCUACGUUAACGACAUUGUCAUCAGCAUCCUGGAGCUGUUAAAGUACCACCCCCGUGUCCUGUACAUCGACAUCGACAUUCACCAUGGCGAUGGCGUUCAGGAGGCUUUCUACCUGACCGACCGCGUCAUGACCGUGUCCUUCCACAAGUACGGGAACUACUUCUUCCCAGGAACAGGCGACAUGUAUGAGGUGGGAGCAGAGAGCGGCCGCUACUACUGCCUGAACGUGCCACUCCGAGAUGGCAUUGACGAUCAGAGUUACAGGCAACUGUUCCAGCCCGUCAUCAAGCAGGUGGUGGAUUUCUAUCAGCCCACCUGCAUCGUGUUGCAGUGUGGCGCUGACUCUUUAGGAUGCGACAGGCUUGGCUGCUUUAACCUUAGUAUCAGGGGUCAUGGGGAAUGCGUGGAGUUCGUCAAGAGUUUCAGGAUCCCCCUGCUGGUGCUGGGAGGCGGGGGUUACACGGUCCGCAAUGUGGCGAGAUGCUGGACCUACGAAACCUCCCUCCUGGUGGAGGAGUCGAUUAGCGACGAGCUGCCGUACAGCGAGUACUUUGAGUACUUUGCCCCAGACUUUACGCUCCAUCCUGAUGUCAGCACCAGGAUAGAGAACCAGAACUCCAGACAGUACCUGGAGCAGAUCCGACAGACGGUCUUUGAAAACCUGAAGAUGCUGAACCAUGCGCCGAGCGUUCAGAUCCACGACGUGCCCUCAGACCUACUCAGCUACGAUCGGUCGGAUGAGGCGGACCCAGAUGAGCGGGGCUCUGAGGAUAAUUACUCCAGGCCAGAGGCAUCCAAUGAAUUCUAUGAUGGUGACCAUGACAACGACAAGGAAAGCGAUGUGGAAAUUUGACUGGCCCAUACUUGCCGAGGGGGCGGUGUUUCCUGCCGCACGGAAUCAUGAAGGCCACAGUUCCAGAAGCCAUAGUCAACCUUAGAGGAUUACCUGCUUCCUCCGCUACGAGGAAGCGCAGGGUGGUCCCUUCCAAUCUUGUUUACUUCGUACCCUUUUUAAACAGAGAUGUGCUUUUGUUGUUGCAUUGUUUUAACUAGACUGUUCCUGGAGCCCCUCUACAGCCUUGGCAAGUCUGUCGUCGUCACCAGACGUUGGUGUAAUUAUGGGACAGAAUGAAGAACCUAAUGUGGAGAUACGGCAGGACGGAAGCCUUUGGUUUAGUGUCUGUACUUUUUUUUGAUAAUUUUUAAUAAAUAAAUAGGUCUACUGCC